AUAAGAGUUGAGAAAAAGAGUGAACUAAAAGGAAGAAUAGAUAAUUGCAUGUGAGCACUGUUCCUUGGUUUAUUUUGUGUUUUAAUGCUCACUUAGAACAACAAAGGAGAAAAAGAAAAGAAUAGCAUAUUUGAUAGAUAUGAAAGUAGAAAUUGUAAGGUCAGUAGGUGAUGAAAGGGAGAGUUGUAAAGGGGGGACCUCAACAAGCUUUCUUGAGAGAGUGACUGUACAGCAUGGAGAUGUUUGUGAGAGAAGUAUAAGGGAAAUAAGUGAAGAGGAGAAGCUGAAAUGGGAAAAUUUAUGGAGGCUUCCAACAUAUGAUAGGAUGAGAAAAGGGAUUUUAAAGCAAGUUUUAGAUAAUGGAAAAGUUAACUAUGAAGAGGUUGAUAUUACCAAGCUUGGGGUGCAAGAAAAACAACGUCUUCUUGAGACCAUACUAAAGACUCCUGAAGAAGACAAUGAGAAUUUUCUUCUUAAGAUAAGAGACAGAGUUGAUAGGGUAGGAAUUGAGUUGCCCAAAAUUGAAGUUCGUUUUGAGAAAUUAUCAAUUGAAGGGGAUGCAUAUGUUGGAACAAGGGCAUUGCCAACACUACUAAAUUCUACAUUUAAUGUAAUAGAGGGAAUUUUGGGUUAUAUCAAGAUUUUGCCAUUUAAGAAACGGGUUGUCAAGAUUCUCAAAGAUGUUACUGGAAUUGUGAAACCAUCAAGAAUGACAUUACUUUUAGGACCUCCAGGUUCAGGAAAAACUACUCUCCUCAAAAUACUUGCUGGAAAAAUGGACAAGGAUCUAAGGGUAUCAGGAAGAGUCACUUACAAUGGUCAUGAACUUUCAGAAUUUGUUCCUCAAAGAACAUGUGUUUAUAUUAGUCAACAUGAUCUUCACCAUGGAGAAAUGACAGUAAGAGAGACACUAGACUUCUCCGGACGGUGCUUGGGAGUUGGAACAUGGUAUGAUAUGCUGACAGAAUUGUCAAGGCGAGAAAUAGCAGCAGGUAUCAAACCAGAUCCUGAGAUUGAUGCUUUCAUGAAAGUCAUAGCAAUGCACGGUCAAGAAACCAGUCUUGUUACAUAUUACAUUCUUAAGAUUCUUGGGCUGGAUAUAUGUUCUGAUAUUUUGGUUGGAGAUGAGAUGAGAAGGGGCAUAUCUGGUGGACAAAAGAGGCGUUUAACUACCGGUGAGAUGUUGGUGGGACCUGCAAAAGUCCUCUUUAUGGAUGCAAUUUCAACUGGUUUGGAUAGUUCUACAACCUUCCAAAUUGUUAGGUUUAUGAGGCAGAUGGUUCAUAUCAUGGACAUAACUAUGAUAAUCUCACUUUUGCAACCUGCACCAGAAACAUAUAACCUUUUCGAUGACAUAAUAUUACUUUCAGAAGGUGAGAUUGUCUAUCAAGGUCCCCGUGAGAGUGUUCUAGAUUUUUUUCAAACUAUGGGCUUUAAGUGCCCAGAAAGGAAAGGAGUGUCUGAUUUUUUACAGGAGGUAACUUCCAGAAAGGAUCAAGAACAAUACUGGUUCAGAAGAGACAUACCUUACCAAUAUGUUAGUGUUCCUGAGUUUGUAGCCCACUUCAAUAAUUACAUCACUGGUAAAAAACUUCAUGAAGAGAUUCAUGUUCCAUUUGAUUCUAGAAAAAAUCAUCCUGCAGCAUUAAUGAAGGAAAAGUAUGGAAUAUCCAAAUGGGAACUCUUCAAGGCAUGCUUUUCAAGAGAAUGGCUAUUCAUGAAGCGUAGCUACUUUGUGUAUAUAUUUAAGACUUUUCAGAUUACUGUCAUUUCUGUAAUAACCAUGUCAGUAUUUUUUAGGACAGAAAUGAAGCACACUAAAAUUGAAGAUGGAGGAAAAUUUUAUGGUGCAUUAUUUUUCAGCCUUAUCAAUGUGAUGUUCAAUGGAUUAGCAGAGAUGACAAUGACUGUUAAUAGACUUCCUGUUUUCUUCAAGCAGAGAGAUUUACUAUUUUAUCCAGCAUGGGCUUUUGCAUUGCCCAUUUGGGUCCUUAGAGUUCCUCUCUCUUUGUUGGAAUCGGGAGUAUGGAUUAUCAUCACUUACUAUACGAUUGGCUUUGCUCCUGCAGCUAGUAGGUUUUUCCGUCAACUAUUGGCAUUCUUCUGUGUGAAUCAAAUGACUCUAUCCCUUUUCCGCUUAUCUGCUGCAAUUGGAAGAACAAGGGUUUUGGCUGUCUCACUUUCUAGCAUAGCAGUUUUAGUUGCUUUCAUCUCAAGUGGAUUUAUUGUUUCAAGAGAUGAUAUCGAACCAUGGAUGAUAUGGUGCUAUUAUGCUUCACCUAUGAUGUAUGGAAUGACAGCAAUAGCCACUAACGAAUUCCUAGACAUAAGAUGGAGUACUCCUAAUAAUGACCCCAGAAUUAAUGAGCCCACAAUUGGGAAGGCUAUUCUUAGAGCCAAAGGCAUAGUUACAGAAGACUAUUGGUAUUGGAUAUCUAUUAGUGCUCUUAUAGGAUAUUCUCUACUUUUCAACGUUUGUUUCGUUCUCGCUCUAACUUAUUUGAAUCCAUUCGGAAAUUCUAAAUCUAUCAUAUUGGAAGAAGACGACAAUGAGAAAAGCACACUGGCAUCAUUGUCAAUGGAGAAAACAACAGCAGAAAUGACAGAGAAGAGUUCAGCUUCAAAUGCUCAAUGGGUUGAAGGUGUUGACAUGGAUGGGAGAAACAAGUCACAUAGUUCAAUUUCUAUACAUGAAGAGCAUGCAAAAUCCAAGAAGGGAAUGGUGUUACCCUUUCAGCCUCUAUCACUUGCUUUUGAAAAUGUGAACUACUAUAUCGAUGUGCCAAAUGAAAUGAAGACACAAGGAAUUAAAGAGAAUAGACUCCAACUACUACGAGACAUAAGUGGUUCUUUCAGGCCUGGAAUUUUAACAGCAUUAGUUGGUGUAAGUGGUGCAGGAAAAACCACCUUGAUGGAUGUUCUUGCAGGAAGAAAAACCGGUGGCUAUAUUGAAGGAAGUAUCAACAUAUCUGGCUAUCCUAAAAACCAAGAAACGUUUGCUCGAAUUAGCGGUUAUUGUGAACAAAAUGAUAUACAUUCUCCACAUAUUACAAUCUAUGAAUCUCUUAUGUUUUCUGCUUGGUUGAGACUUAGUAAGGAGGUUGAUAUAAAAACUCGAAAGAUGUUUAUUGAGGAAGUUCUAGAGUUGGUCGAGCUAUAUCCAGUCAGAAAUUUCAUAGUCGGUCUUCCUGGAAUAGAUGGUUUAUCAUUUGAGCAGAGAAAGAGGCUUACAAUUGCAGUAGAAUUGGUUGCAAAUCCUUCCAUUAUAUUUAUGGAUGAGCCAACAACUGGUCUUGAUGCUAGAGCUGCAGCAGUUGUUAUGCGUACUGUUAGAAACACAGUUGACACAGGAAGAACUGUUGUAUGCACAAUUCAUCAACCAAGCAUUGAUUUGUUUGAACAUUUUGAUGAGCUGCUUUUGAUGAAGAGAGGUGGACAAGUGAUAUAUGAAGGUCCUCUUGGUCAAAAUUCUGAGAAACUUAUAGAGUACUUUGAGGCUAUUAAAGGAAUUCCUAAGAUUGAGGAUGGAUAUAAUCCAGCCUCAUGGAUGCUGGACAUAACUUCUCUUGUGGUUGAGUCUCAACUUAAUAUAGAUUUUGCUGAAUUAUACAUUAAGUCAGGCCUUUACCAAAGGAACCAGGAACUUAUCAAAGAACUAUCUACACCAGCACUAGGAAUAAAGGACCUGUACUUUCCGUCUAAAUGCUCCCAAUCAUUUGUUACUCAAUGCUACGCUUGCUUAUGGAAACAGUACUUAUCCUAUUGGAGGAAUCCACAAUACAAUGCUAACAGAUUCUUCAUGACAAUAGUUUUUGGCGUUAUCUUUGGACUUGCUUAUUGGAAAAAAGGAGAUAAGAUGCAAAAAGAACAAGAUUUGUUGAAUAUGAUUGGAGUUAUGUAUUCAUCUUGUAUUUUCCUUGGAGGCGCCAAUGCAAACAUUGUACAACCUGUUGUUGCAAUAGAAAGGAUAGUUCUCUACCGGGAAAGAUCUGCUGGAAUGUACUCAGAAUUGCCCUAUGCAAUUGGCCAGGUAGCAAUUGAAAUAACUUAUGUUGUAAUCCAAAGUCUAGUAUAUUCCAUUAUCCUCUUCUCGAUGAUUGGGUUUCACCAACAAGUUGAACAUUUCCUUUGGCUCUACUUCUUCAUAUUCAUGUCCUUUAUCUGCUUCACAUUAUAUGGAAUGAUGAUUGUGGCUCUAACACCAAAUCUUCAAAUUUCUACAAUCGUUAUAACUUUCUUCACAUGCUUAUGGAACCUAUUCUCUGGCUUUCUUAUUCCAAUGACGAAAAUUCCAAUAUGGUGGAGGUGGUAUUAUUGGGCAUCUCCUGUGGCAUGGACAAUAGACGGAUUGGUGACAUCACAGGUGGGUGACAUGAACAAUCCAAUAGAGGUUCCUGGCUUUAGACCCAUGACAGUAAAAGAUUAUCUUGAGAGGCAGUUUGGCUUUAGAGAGAACUUCCUUGGAUUUGUUGCUUUGGCUCAUAUAGCUUUCAGCCUUGUAUUUCUUUUUGUAUUUGCUUAUGGCAUCAAGUUUUUAAAUUUCCAAAAAAGAUGAUCAUAUAUGACAAAUUGAUAUGAAAACGGUCAUACAAAAUGUCAUUAGGUAAUAUUACCGGAUCGACAAAACUUAUAUGAAUAAUAAUACGUUGUUCAAUUUUCAAUGUAA